CGAGUGCAGCGCGCACCAGCUCGUUGCAUGGCCCCGUACACGCCCCGGUCCCCCGCGGCAGCUGCGGGAGAGAGCACCGUCCGCGAGGCCACCGAGCUCGCCCAGGUGGGGGCGGACCUCGUCGACGACAGCUACGACCACGACGCGUACUACGACGACGACGGCGACGACGACCCCGACCUCGUCUUCUACUCGUACGACGACGACCCGCAAGAACCAGAGCCGACGAGCGACCUCGCCGACCUCGCCUACCUCGACCCGCUCGCGCUCGUCAAAGCGUGGGAGUGCGCCCUCGACGACCUCAAGGAAGCGCACCAGGAGCGGUUCUUGCCGCCGACGCAGGCACCUGUCGCGCUCGCUCAGAAGCAGGCAAAAGCGUCCUUCUGGUACGGGCCGCCGCCGUCCGAGGCAUCGACGUCAAAGCUCUCUGUCGUCGCACCUCCGCCUCUCGAGCCGGCUCCUGCAGCGAGCAUCGUCGCCGUCUCGACCGAGCCGAGCGGCCACGUCGAGCACAUCGAGUACGACGCGCCGCCGGCCAAGAAGCGCAAGCGCUUGACGGGCUCGCAGAAGAAGGCGCGCAAAGUGGCCAAGCUCGGCGGCGGCGAGCGGGCCUCGUCGCGAGCGAGCAGCGCGGUCCAGGUCGACGCGCCCGAGCACGACCUCGAGCAUGCGCACGCUCACGAGCGCGACGUCGAGCCUGAGCUCGAGCCGCAAGCUCGGGGCGAGCCCGAGCGCGAGUCGGAGGAACCACGUGCUCGUCCCCUCAUCGGGCCUUCGCAACCCUCCACCACGCUCCCCAUUGCCUCGUCGUUGUUCCCCUCCUUCCCUCCCGCACCUCCUAUCGACGCACGUCCACCCGCGAGCGCUCGUGCCGGCGCCGCCCCUUUCCCAGUCGUACCGCCCGUCGCCUCGCUCCCCUCGUCGUUCCCUCCUCCGCCAACCAUCCCUCCCCUGACCGGCACCGAGCCCGCGCUCGAGCCCGAGACGCCCGAGCAGCUCCUCGAGCAGGCCCUGUGGAGCUGGUUCACUGCGGGGUACCAGACGGCGCUCCUUCAUGCGGCGGCGGGCGUCGCGAGGUUUGCGCCGAGCGGCGCGCAGGGCCAAGGAGGGCAGCAGUAGCUUUCUCUCGUGCAACAUAGAGCUCUCUUGUGCGCGA